AUGUCGGAGCAAAUGAAGUAUAUAGUGAAAGAAAUAAAUGCGACGUUGGGGAGAAACUAUGAUCUGAUAAAAUUCGAUGCUUUGAACGAGAAACAACUUUUGCAGUUGCUAGUGGAUCUUCUUGUUAAUUUCAAUGCUGGAGAAAAGUUAGACGUAAAUGAAGAUGACUCGGAAACAGUAUCGCUACGUCUGCUAGAAAUGUUGGGGAGCGUGAAGUACCGUCCUCCAGGAGGGGUGGAGCCGACUCGGUUCAGAGCUCAGCUGUUAGCCGGCGACGCGAGGACUAUUCAUCACGUGCUGCACUGGCUCUUGACUAACAGAGACCAAGUUAAGAACACCGCAUAUCUUGCAAAAUAUUUAAAAUUGCCAGACAUACCGCCAGAUGUAGCAAGAAACAACACCGUUCAGGAUCUUCUUGAUCUUUACCAGAACUUAAUCGAUGAGUUUAAAGAAGUUCACAAACGAACUCGGUUGCUGCAGAAAGAGAAUGCCACGGAAAUAAUUAAUGAUAUCAAGGAAAUGGCACUUGAAAGGGAUAUCGUGAUAAAGAGAUUGGAAAACGUACAAGUUAAUUUAGUGGACGUAAAUGACAAAGAGGAGCUUUUGAAUAUUAGUAGAGCACUCAGAGUUCAGCAAGAAAAGGCUAAAGAGCUCGAAAAUCAGUACGAUGCCCAGCAAUCACAGUUAAAAAUGGCGUCUGAUCAAUUAAAAAGAUAUCUGAACGUCAUUCAUGGUCAGAGUGCUACUCCGAAAACUGUAAAUGAUGUAAUGAAACGUCUACAAGAAGAAGUUCAGCUUAACAAUUAUUUAGUAAAGGAAAAGCUUCCAUUAGAGACAGCCAAUCUCCAAAAGGAGUUGAAUAUUAUGCAGAAAAUCGCCGCCGAACAACAUCCGACCCGUUCCGACUUAGUAGCGGUGCAGGACAAGAUAGCUGCAGUUAAUAGUGAAAUGGAACAUCUAGUCCAGCGUAAGCUAGCAACAGCAGGGCCUCAAGAAGACAAAUUGGCUCCAUUCAGACAACAGGCCGCGGUCAUACGACGAAACAAGGAGGCUAGUGCUACUAGAGUUCAUGAGCUUGCUGCCACCUUAAAGGACCAUGAAGCUACGCUAGCUGACCUGCAGUCACAGGUCCGACAACUCUUGGGAGAUACAGUCCUCAGGGGAGAAGAAUUAAAGAAAUACGUUAAUUCUUUACGCACAAAGAGCACUGUGUACAAAAGGCAAAGAGCCAAUCUCUCUACGUUCAAGGUCGAGGCGGGUAUCUUGGCUCGAACGUUACAUAUUAUAAAUGCUGCUGAUCCGACUGUCGAGAUGGCGCUUUUAAAUCACAAGAAGUUAAAAAUAGAAGAUGAAGAUACAAUGGAAAAGAGUCUUGAUAAAUCUACAGAUUUGACGAAAAAGUCCUUACAUGACUUAUCUCAGCUCGUAGCUCAAACUGCACAAAAAUUGUCGCAAGUCCGACAAGAGAUUCAACCUCUCGCUGACAAUAUAAAGCCUGUAAAGGAAGAAUUCCAAGCUGUACAACAACAGUACGAGCAAAAGAAAAGGGUUUACGAAGCCACAUCCAUCAACAUAACCUCACAAAUGGAGCCUCUGAAGAAUCAGGUAAAGGAGUUGACUGACCGGCUGAAUAGCAAGGAGGAUGAAUGGAAAAACUUACGACAAAGAAUCACAAAGGCGGAAAGUUUACAAGAAGUCGUAACGUUUGAAAUGAAAAAUUCAAUGCAGUCCCCUAGGAAACCGUCCAAAAUGGAGGCUCUGAAGAGAAAAGUUGAUGACAUGGAACAAAUUGUAAAGCGGUUAGAGGAGGAGCAACAAGCCAUCAGUUCUCGGCAGGGUGCUGUGGAGGAGCAGACUAAAUUGUGGGAGAAUACUCUACAACUGCUUCGAUGCAAGAUGCGUGCACGAAGCGAGCCUGCCGCACGACAGGGCCGCAUGCAUAUCACGCAACAUUCUCAAAUGCUAACCCUUAAUUAA